AUGCACCGCCUGCCGCCGCGAUUCUCCCCACACGUCCGUACGCGAAAUCACCUCGAGUGCGCUCCGUCAUCGACUAUUGUCAUGAUUGACGAAUCCGGCAUACCGAAACUGGACCGGCAGUUCAAGUUCAACAAUUUCGUGAACGCGUUGCAGUUCACCAAUGCCCUUGGCGAGCUAGCCGAGUCCGAAGGACACCACCCACGGCUCACCACAGAAUGGGCCAGCGUACGUCGCUUGGUGGACGCGACACAAUACACGCAUCUGCAUCGCACAUGCAAACUUCGUAUGGUCCCUCGUAAUGGCCAGCCAAAACCGACCGACACCUGUACCGUGGAUGGAUUAAACAUGCGCCUACCAUUCUGA